AUGCACAGUCACAACCACAUAGUCAGAGCCAUAGAGCUACAGAGCCAAAGAACCACAGAACCACAACCAGAUAGCCAGAGCCGUAGAGCCACAGACCCACAUAGUCAAGAGCCACAGGGCUACAGAACCACUGAACCAAAGAACCGCAGCUACGGAAUCACAGGGCCACACCCACAUAACAAGAGCCAUAGAGCCACAGAACCACAGCCACAUAGCCGAGCCAUAGCCACAGUCACCAGCCACAGAGCAAGAGAGCCAGCCACAGAACUACAGAGCCACAGCCACAUACCAGCAGCCAUAGAGCCACAGAGUCACAGCCAGAGCCAGAACCACAGCCACAGAGCAACAGAACCACACCCACAUAACCAGAGCCAUAGAGCCACAGAGUCACAGCCACAGAGCAACAGAACCACACCCCACAUAACCAGAGCCAUAGAGCCCAGAACCACAGAGCACAGCAGAGAGCCAACAGAACCACAGCCACAUAGCCAGAACCAUAGAGCCCAGAACACAGAAACAGCCCACAGAACACACAUCAGUUGCCAAAACCCAUAA